AUGGCAUCGACGGUCGUGAGCGCUAUGGAAGGGGCGGCGGGAAUGGAGCACGCCAUGUCGUUGUAUCGGGUGAGACAACAGCGGGCGUGCGCGCAGGCAGCCGCCACUGCUCUUGCAUCCAGCAGCGCCCCUCGGUACCGCUGUGAACCGCACUCGCUUCCUCCCUCCGCCACAGCCUUCCACGAACUGGAAGCGCCCUGCCCACCGUGUCGACCGUUCAUGGCCCGCCCACCGUCGCCCUCUCGCCUUCUGCUGCCGCCCCUCAACCCCACUCCUCCGCUUUCUUAUUCUCGCCGCCGUAUACUCUCGAUCCUUUGCCCCGCUCCCUCCUUGCUCACUGCCUGGGCGGACGCCUACGGGCUCUCCCCCGACUCGCUGCUUCCGCCCUCCCCCCUCUCCCUUCCGCCCUCCCUUCCCCCCGCCCCUCAUCUCGAGGACUGCGCCGCGCUCACAGCGCUGCGCCAGCAUGCGGAGCAGCGGGGGCAAGGGGGGGAGCCGCCAGCAUGGGCGGAGCCACAGCCUGUUCAAGGAGUGCGAGGGGCGCAGGGGGAAGGGGAAGCGGGGGCGGCGUGCUGCAGGCGCGCAGCCUCUGGGGAAGCGAGCUGCGAGUUCAAGGCGUCAGUGAGAGUAGGCGCUGCAGCAAACGCCCCCGCCUCUCCUUCCCCUGCUGCAUGCUGCACGUGUGUGCCCCAGCCGCCCUGGGUGCGUCAUCUGCACUUUCGCCUCACACUCACUCGUGAGUCCACCUGUGACUCCCUUCUUCCAUUCUCCCUUUUCAAUCAUUCCUCUCUUCCACACACCCCUGCUUUCCAUAGCUGCACUGCACCGUGCUGUCCCCCCUGUCUCCUGCUCGCUUUGCCAGUUGGGAGGGGAGGCGAGACAGGGAGAAUGUAUCAUGGUAUGGAGCGGGGCAGUGCAGAGGGGUGUGUGCAAUUUCAGCUCUUCGCUCCUCUUCUCAUCUUCUGCUUUUCCCCUCGUCUCCCCGUCUUCUUGUGUCCUCAUACCCUCAUGUCUUCGUGUCCGCCAUCAUUGGCCGGGGCGUCACAUGUGCAGGUGCGAGGGGCGGACAGUGACAAUCUGGCGCUAACCAGAGUGGUGCACAUCAUGGCAGUGCUGCUGAGCGUGGCCCUCUCCUCCAAUCGCAUCCUCGUGCCGCUGCCCGCCUCCUAUGGCCGCGCCAACUCCUCCCACUGCCACGCCAUGGGCCAUGGCAGCUCCUGGUCCUGCUUCUUUGCCCCCAUCACCUCCCCACUCUGCUCCCAAGAGGUCGCCCUCGCCCUCUUGGCCAAUCAGCUGCCGCCAUGUGUCGCCCCAGUGGAGGGCUACAGGGCGGCAGCGGCAGCGGCGGAGAGGGUGGUGUGUGUGAACACGUCGGGCCUCAACGACCUCAAGUUCGAAGCCUCUGCUGCCGGGCUGUGGGGCGAGGCAUAUGGCAAGGACCCCGAUGUGGUGGAGCAGCGAGGGGAGGUGCAGCUGGAGGGCACGGAGCAUAAGAAGUUACACUGGUGGCGGGCGCAGGCGGUGCGCUUCAUGCUGAGGUGGCCAUCAGCCCAUCUCUGCCACGUCAUCAACCAACAGAGACACACCGCCUACGGCAUGCACGUGGCCAAUCGCAUCGCUCGGCAAGCAGAGCUUCACUCACAGCUGCAGCAGUCACUGCCACCUCUGCCCCCACCCACUGACUCAAACGCUCCCAGUGCCGCCGCUGCUGCUGAGGCCAGCGCCAUGGCUGCAGCAGUUGCAGCCGCAGCAGCAGCUAGGUUUGCUGGUGAACGUUCCUCAGAUUCCACUGCUGCCGCUGCUGCUGCUGCUGCUGCUGCAGGUGGUGGUGGUGCGAGUGGGUCAUCGCCAGCAUCGCUGGCAUGUGAGCCGUACAUGGUGCGGCCGAUCGUGAGCGUGCAUGUGAGGCAGAGCGACAAGCAGGUGGAGAUGGGCGUGUGGUCCUUCGCCGCCCACAUGCUGUUUGCCGCCCGCCUGCAGCGCACCCUCGUGGACCUCAAGCACCACACGCGUACGCUGCGCUGCACGCGCCUGUCCUCACCCAUCCCUCUCCGCCCUCCCCCCGCCACCACGGUGCAGUCAGUGAUCAACGAGGCGGCCACGCCCCUGUAUGCGGGCUGGAACUUCCUCUACGCCGCCAACGGCCGCCUGCCAGAGGGCGCCCUCGACCCGCACGAGUACGACGCGCUGCAGUCGCCCGCUGCCAGCCUGGCGAGUGCGUUGAUCGCAGCGCAGUGCGACUCCUUUAUCGGGUCGCUGGGGUCCAACUGGAGCCGCCUCAUCAACGAGCUCAGAGCCACCAGUGGGCGGCUGUACAGUGGAUUCGUGGCCAUGAACCUGGGCGAGUGGUGA